AUGAUAAUUGAUUCAAAUAAUAAAACAAAACGACAAUUUUUUGUUUAUUUCUAUGGAAAAUAUCUUGAAUAUGCAUGGUUAUCAACUCGUUCAUUAUUAAAAUAUGCUGGCUUAAAUAAUUUUAUUCAAAAUGCUGAAACAGCCGUUCGACAAGCUUCAACAAAAUCAGAAAAAUUAGAAUUAGCUAAUCGAUAUCAAUUAAAAGUUUCAAUGAAAAAACGUGUACAAUGGGAUGAAGCUAUCGAAUUAGCAGAUCAAGCAUUAACAAUGACAAAAGAUGAACGUAUUAAACAAUUUAGUGAUUUAUUAAAUGAUGCACAAGUUAAUCCAAAAAAACCAAAGAAUAGUGCACAUCGUCGAAAAGCUUCUAUUGAUAAAAAUGAUGAUUUAGAAACAAUAUCAAAUAAACGUCCUAAUCGAAUACCUUCGGUAUCAUCACUUUCUUCAGAAUUACCUGAUGGAACAAAUACUAUAGAAAAAUCUUCUCAACCAUCAAUUCAAAUUCAAAAUGAAACAAUACAAUCGGAUAAUAAUAAAAAGGAAGAUGAACAACCAAUAAAGAAGAAACGAGGUCGAAAACCGAAAUCUGCUUUGAAAAUAAACGAACAAGAUAAGAAUAUAUCAAAUUUAUCAUAUCCGCUUCAAAUGAAAAUAAAAUUUCAUCAUCAUUUAUACAUACUAAUAAACAAACAAAAAAAAACAAAUAAUGAUAAUGAAAUAGAAUAUGAAUAUAUACCAUCAUCUAAUGAUCAACAAACAUCAUCUUCAUUUAUUCAUUUAACUCAUGCAAAUAUUCCACUAUUAUCAAAUUAUGAACAAAAACAAAUUGUUGAAGGUCUUCUUAAUCAUAAUAAAGAAAAAACUUUAACAUUAGAUGAAGCUCGACUAUUUGCUAUUAAUAAAGCUAUUGAAAUAGUCUAUGAAAAUCAUAAUUAUCGAAUGGAUAAUAUACCAUCGGAAUGGUUUUAUGAUUCUAUUCUAUUAAAAUAUCCUUCUAUUGUAUUUAAAUAUCGUUCAUGGUUUGAUCAUGUCAAACCAGAUAUUAUUCCCGAUGGUACUGAUAUGAUUAAAUUAAAACAAUGGCAAAUAGCUCUUAUGAUUCAAG